GAGCGGCGUCUCCGCUGCUGGGCAGGGACGCGCCUCGGCCGCCGGGCGGAGGCGGUUCCGCGCUCGGCGGAAACAAGGAACGGGAAAGGAAGGGAGCGGCGAAAGGAACCGGUAUCGGCGGCCACCAUUAGUGGCGGCAGGAGCAGCAGCAGCAGCCGCCGCCGCUGAAGGGGUCUGCAGGCGGAGCGGACCCGGGUGCCGCCGCCGGCAGCGAGCGGGAGCGAGCCCGGCGCCUCGCCCCUCUGUUCUGUGGGGCGUCGCCGCUGCCCGCCGGAGCUCCCCCGGAGCCGGGGCGAGAUGGAGCAAUUGUCAGAUGAAGAGCUUGACCAUGGUGCCGAAGAAGAUAGUGAUAAGGAAGAUCAGGAUCUUGACAAGAUGUUUGGGGCCUGGCUGGGUGAACUGGACAAACUCACACAGAGUUUGGAUGCAGAUAAGCCUGUGGCACCAGUGAAGAGGUCACCUCUCCGCCAGGAAACCAAUCUUGCCAACUUCUCAUAUCGCUUCUCCAUGUACAAUUUGAAUGAAGCCCUGAAUCAGGGGGAGACUGUGGAUCUGGAUGCCCUCAUGGCUGAUCUCUGUUCCAUAGAGCAGGAGCUCAGCAGCAUCGGCUCUCAUUCAGCAAACAAUGCUGCAGUGAAACGCCUUGCCACAGAACCCAAAACUCAGAAACCACCUGCUAGUCGACCUUCUGCUAAGCACAGCAGCGUGAAAGGAUUGUCCUCCUCUGCUAAGGUGACUAAACCAUCACAUGCCAACGUGUCUCUGGAUGACAUCACUGCACAGUUAGAGAAGGCCUCUUUGAGCAUGGAUGAAGCAGCCCAGCAGUCUCUUGCAGAAGACACCAAGCCAGUGGUUGCUGCCCAGCACAGGAGGACAGCGUCUGCUGGCACGGUGAGCGAUGCUGAGGUGCGCUCCAUCAGUAACUCCUCCCGUUCCAGCGUGACCUCAGCAGCUUCCAGCAUGGACUCCUUGGAUAUCGAUAAGGUGACGAGACCUCAGGAGCUGGACUUGACAUCACAAGGGCAACCAAUCACUGAGGAGGAACAGGCUGCUAAACUGAAAGCUGAGAAGAUUAGGGUUGCAUUAGAGAAGAUUAAAGAAGCACAAGUGAAAAAGUUGGUGAUCAGAGUCCAUAUGUCUGAUGACAGCUCAAAAACAAUGAUGGUGGAUGAGAGGCAAACAGUGAGACAAGUAUUAGACAAUCUGAUGGACAAAUCACAUUGUGGCUACAGUUUAGACUGGUCAUUGGUGGAAACCAUCUCUGAAUUGCAAAUGGAAAGAAUCUUUGAAGAUCAUGAAAAUUUAGUUGAAAAUCUCCUGAACUGGACAAGAGAUAGUCAAAACAAACUAAUGUUUGUGGAACGUAUAGAGAAAUACGCACUUUUCAAGAAUCCCCAGAACUAUCUUCUGGGGAAGAAAGAGACCUCUGAGAUGGCAGACAGAAAUAAAGAGGUGCUGCUAGAGGAAUGCUUCUGUGGAAGUUCUGUAACUGUGCCAGAGAUUGAGGGAGUUUUGUGGCUGAAAGAGGAUGGUAAGAAAUCUUGGAAGAAACGUUACUUCCUUCUUCGGGCUUCUGGAAUCUACUAUGUCCCUAAAGGGAAGGCAAAGGUGUCACGGGAUCUUGUGUGCUUUCUACAGCUAGACCAUGUCAGUGUUUACUAUGGACAGGACUAUCGGAACAAGUACAAGGCACCCACAGACUAUUGUUUAGUGCUAAAGCAUCCUCAGAUCCAGAAGAAGUCUCAGUAUAUCAAAUAUCUUUGCUGUGAUGAUGUAAGAACUCUACACCAGUGGAUCAAUGGCAUCCGUAUUGCUAAGUACGGGAAACAACUAUACAUGAACUAUCAGGAAGCAUUGAAGAGAACAGAAUCAGCAUAUGACUGGACCUCCUUGUCUAGCUCCAGUAUCAAGUCAGGCUCCAGCUCAUCUAGUUUGCCAGAAUCUCAGUCAAAUCAUUCUAAUCAGUCUGACAGUGGAGUUUCUGACACCCAGACAGCUGGACAUGUCCGUUCCCAAAGCAUUGUCAGCUCCAUGUUCUCUGAGGCCUGGAAACGAGGCACCCAACUGGAGGAAUCCAGCAAGGUGUCAAAAGUGAAGCUCAGCACAACUAAGGGCAGCACACCCAUGGUGCCUUAUACAGGCCAGGCCGCCCCAUCCGCGGGCUCGCCCGCCACCAUGUUCGUCAAGUACAGCACCAUCACCCGGCUGCAGAACGCGGCCCAGCACGGCGGCCCUUUCUCCAAAGCCCCCGCUGCGCAGCAGGCCCCGCCGCCGCCCCCGCCCUCGGCAAAGCCUCAGAUCCUGGUGCCCCCCAACGGGGUCAUGCCGCCUCCUCCGCCCCCGCCGCCGCCGCCCACCCCGGGCUCGGCCAUGGCGCAGCUGAAGCCGGCACCGUGCGCCCCCUCUGUGCCGCAGUUCACGCCGCCACCACCGCCCCCCAAGAUACAUCAGGUUCAACCAAAUAUAAGCCAGGCUACUGUCGCCUCCUCGUUGCCACCGCCGCCUCCUCCUGUGCCUGCCCCCCCGCCGCCCCAGGCACCCCCAAAGCCUGUCAUGGCAGCUCUGCCCCCUCAGCCUAGUGGGAAGGUGGCGUCACCGGGGAUCACACACAUCCCUCCCCCUGUGACUGCACCCUUGCCCCUUGUGAUAAAGAAACAACCAAGUGUCACUUCUCCCCAGGUGCCUCCUCUGCCCCCUGCCCCUCCUGGCCCCACUCCCCCUGCAACAUUCCCAAAGCAGCAGAGUUUCUCAGUAAAGCCUCCUCCAUCCCCUCAGUCCCCGGUGCCAUCGGUGGUGAAGCAGAUAGUCAGCCAGUUCCCCCCUCCUCCCACUCCACCUGCCACUGAGCCCCAGCCUCUGAAACCCCUUCCACUGAGUGUGGCUCCACAGUCACCUCCAGCAGUGAAGGCAAAGCCCAAAUGGCAGCCUGCUGCUGCUCCCUCACCAGAUUUCCCACCUCCUCCACCAGAGAGCAGCUUAGUGUUUCCUCCUCCACCUCCUUCCCCAGCUUCCUCUGCAGGUUCUCCCCCACCUGACAAAUCAGGGUCUCCAGUCAAAAAGGCCGGCAAGACAUCAAGCCCUGGAGGGAAGAAACCGCCUCCAACACCUCAGCGCAACUCCAGCAUCAAGUCCACAAGCUCCACUGAGUACCAUGAGUCCAAGAGGCCUUCAGUGGACCGCCUUGUCAGCAAAUUUGCACACUCACCAGAGCCGUCAGGAUCUCCUUCCAAGGAGUCAUCACCUCCUCCAGCCCCUCCAAAGCCAGGAAAGCUCAACCUAUCUGGUCUGCCCAUUGUCCUUCCACAGGGUGGGAUCCCAGCCAAGGCUUCUGCUCCGAGUGUGUCUGGAAAGGAACCUGUGGUUGAAUUCCCUUCACCGCCAUCCGAUUCAGACUUCCCACCACCACCACCUGAAAUAGAUCUUCCUCCCCCUCCAGUAGAAAUUCCAUCUGUGUUUUCAGGCAGCACCUCCCCAAAAGUCGCCGUUGUAAAUCCCCAGCCACAGGCAUGGUCAAAACCAUCUGUGAAAAAAGCCCCACCACCCACACGCCCCAAGCGGAACGACAGCACCCGACUGACACAGGCAGAGGUCGCAGAGCCCCCAGGGUCAGCCGGCCCACAAGUGCCCACUUCACCCAAGUCCAGCCUUAGCGUUCAGCCGGGAUUCCUGGCAGACCUCAACCGGACGCUGCAGCGGAAAUCCAUCACCCGGCACGGCUCCCUCUCCUCCGCGCGGAUGUCCAGAACAGAGCCCACCGCCACCAUGGACGACAUGGCCCUGCCUCCACCCCCACCAGAGCUGCUGGCUGACCAGCAGAAGACCAGCAGCUUUGGGGGCAGUCAUAUAUCUGGCUAUGCAACGUUACGGAGGGGGCCACCCCCUGCACCCCCCAAAAGGGAUCAGAACACCAAGCUGUCACGGGACUGGUAGUCAGUCCCCAGGGCCAGUGCUCUCCAUGACUUGUGGGCUGCUCUGUGAUUGGCCAGCCCGUGGUCUUGUGCACGUGGAGAGGAUGUGGGGAUGUGGAUGAUAGCCCCAUUAAAAGAGGUGAUCUCAAACUGCAGCUAUGGCUAAAUGUAAAGACAUUCCCCUUCCAUGGCUAGGUUAAAAAUUUGGAGGCUUAGGGGUGUUGAUACUUUACUGGGAAAAGUGGGUAGAGAGGUGUUGGCUUCAUUCUUUCAGUUACUUUUACCCUUCUUAUGGAUUGGACCAAACCCCUCAUUUUCUUUUUCUGCAUUUAGGGGAGGGGGAGGGAGAUACUUUUUUUGUAGUGUCUGUCCACGUGAGACAUGUUUGUGCAUGUAUUAUAAGUGUAGGUAUAUAAUAUAUUGUGAUCUAUUUCGUCGCAAUUAUAGAAGAUAACCAGAAUGUUUUUGUAGAACCGUAUUUAUUGUUUCAGUCAGUAUAUUAUCUGGAAUCGGACUCUAACUGGUCAAAUCUUACCAUAAAGAUGGAGAUGUAGGGGGCACUUUAAAGAAAGGAAAUAAAAAACCUAAACCCACAAACUUCUCAGCAGUUUGUGGUGGGUAAAUUCUGCAAAGCCGAGGUGUUCGGCUGGUAACUGUACAUUGUCCAUUGAUUGAAAAGUACAGAUGCAACAUACCAAAACAUUCUGGUCAUAAUACUACUGAAAAUGAGUAUGUUCAGAGGAAAGAAAUAGAUUUUAUAUAUAGUGGGCUGGAGUGAAAUAUAUUUAUACUAUAAAGAGCCUCCCCCUCCUUUCAAAUAGUAUAAAAAUAUACACCGAUACAAAUUAUUUCAAAUUUACUUGUCCAUGCAGUUAAGUAGGAUAAAUAUAUAUAUUCCAAACCAUUAUGCAUUCUAACUGUUAGUAGGCUCAAUCAUUUGUUUCUAUGGCUCAAGAUGGAUAUAUUUGUGUUAACCCCUUCUGAAAGCUGCCAGGACUCCUGCAAUCGAAAAUCCUGCCAACCCCCAAGGCUGACCCAUGCAGAUCCGUGAGCUGUCCGUGUAACUCUUACCCUGAAUGAACAGGUAGGUUUCUGUAGAAAGCACUGUGUGCUCACGCAGGCAUGCACAGCGUCCAGUCUCACCUGGUCUGUGCCUGGUAAGAUGCAGUGUCUUCACAAAAACAAGCAUCUGGAAAUGUGUAAAGAAAGUAUUGUUUGUAACCGAUUAGAAAUUUUCAGGAAACUUUCCUUUCUGGAAAGAGAGAAGGGAGCAGCAAUUUCAGGACAAGGAGAGUAGGAAGUCGCUCUCAGAGACUGUGACCAGUGCAUUAACCUGUUUAUUACAAAGUUGCACUUCUAGCAGUCAAGGAAGAAGACUGGAAAUAAAACAACCUUAAAGAGGCAAUAACAUUUGCUAGGAAUUUCAUCUAAGGGCCCAUAUGAGUAGAAAACAGACUAUUGAUUUACUUGGUUUUUUGUUAGUCACCGAUAUCGGUCACCGGAUCGAGUAUGACAGUCCUUGUUCUUCAGUAGCUGCUUCGGUAGCUUGAUUGUACAGUCUGACCCACAUAUUCAGACCUUGUGAUAAGGUGGUGUAAGUGGUCUUAUGUAUCAUUGCACAUUCCUUGCAGGGUGGUGGGCCUUUGUAAAACUAAAAUACUUGGACUGUAACUACCCCAUCUUCAGCUGUUACUGCCUCCCUUGUCACCAUGGGGAUACUGUCAAUAGGCUCAUAGGGCAAAUAAUUUCAUUGUUUGCAUACUUUUUCUCCAAAAGCAAACUUGAAAUGCUUUCUUUUUCCCAAAGAAUAAAACAAAGACAGAAGCUUGACCUGGCAGUUAUCCUCACAUGUGUAAAACCUAUAUAAACUGAUCUCUCAUGAGAGUAAUUCAGAAUGAUACAUUUAAGAAAUAUUGUGACAGUGUCCCCCAUUCCUUUUUUUUAUAAAGUUGUUGUUUUGGGUUUUUUUAACCAAAUAGUGAAAAUGUCUUUGUGAAUAUUUUAUUCACAAAGGAAUAAAAAGUUUUGCUAAUUUGAGGUGGAAAAUUACACAUCUAUAACUAUAUAGUUUUAAAUAGGUGCAUCAUGAAAAGAGAAAAAUUAGUGGUGCUGUCUCUGCUGACCUGUUUCAUAUGAUUUUUUUAAAAAUCUGUUUCAGCACCUCUGGAAAUUGUUUUAAUAUUUCAGACUAGAUUUUUUGAGCAAUAAGAGUAUAUACCAUUGUGUGCAUUUUUAAAGCACUGCUAUGGAAAGGCACUUUUUUGUAUCUUUCAAAUUGUCCACCAAGUUUUGUUUGUACUAUUUUUGUGCUUACAAAGUGUCCUUAAAAGCAUUUGCAUUGUUGAUUUUAAGCAUGCUCAGUGUAGCUGGUGACUUCACAGGAGGGUUGUUAAGCUAUACUGCAGCUCACGGGUGCUGUAAUUUUCACUGUUGGUCCUCUUGCUGCUUUUUUGUGUGUGCAGCUCCUGGGGCUCAGACACACCAGUGGGCAAAAGGUGCUCGCUGCAGCCGAAACUGCUCGGCCCUUAGCCGUGACGGGUAAGUGGGCACAUUAUCCUGCUCCUGGCAAGAUGCACCUGGGCUGAGGCAGUGUGUGCUCCAGGUGAGGGCAGUCAGGGAAUUCUGCUUCCCCCACCUGCUUUUCUUUUCCCCAAGACAGCCUCACUGGUGUGUGUCAGUUCCAGCCCUUUUACUUUAGUUCAUUUGGUGCAGGUACUCUGGGCUUUGGAGUUGGCACACCAAUGUUUUGAGUGCCAUUUCUUUAGAGGCAUUUGAGCUUUGUUCUUGUUUUCCUGUGCUCACAUUCAUAUCCCCGGUAUCUCUCCCUAGGUAAUGAAUCCAUGCUUACUACUGCAGGCUGCCCACAGCUUGCUGGGAGACAGCUGUGUAACUUCUAAGUCUGCAGCAAAAAGAAUUUAUGUCAGCAACGGUGACACCCUGUAUUCCUUCUAGUUACAGUUUCCUUCCUAAACAAGAGCGCCUGCUGCUUGUUUUUUCUCAACUGAGCAUGGAAAUUUGGCUACAGCAUGGUUCAGAAAAUCUGGUUGCCUUUUCAAGUUACGAGAUACCUCCCCUUGUAACUUGCUUUUCUGGUAUGUUUACUGGUUUUGUGACAGUAAAUAUUUACACCUUAUUUUGCAAGUAAGUUAUUUUCCCCCAUGUGCAGUCAUUUCAUAACUGCACCAUAAUAUUUAUUAAAUCAGAAAAUUAAGGGGCUGGAUUUCAGACACCCAGGAAGAGGCUUCCUGCUACAAACAUGGGCAGUAAUACUUUGGGCACUGUUAAAAUGGGCAUGUGAAGGCUGAGUGUUCAUACUCUGGACACAAAAGUGCUUUGAUCCCAAAAUACGUGUAUGGCUGGAGUUGGAAUACGUGAGGCAGGGCACAGGCUGGUCACUUGUUAAGGUGGGUGUCAGGGGAGCCCUGCUCCUGCAAGGGCAGCUGAAAGGGCUCAGCUGUGUUUGUAUUUUUUUUCCACAUUUGAUCUUCAUUUCCCCUCUGCUAUGCAGCAUAGCAUCCACCUCUGAGUAGCAGAGCCCUGUUCAGCCAGGUGUCUGUGCCUGCAGCCCAGGUGUAAAAAGCAGGGAGCUAUUCUCGGACAUUACAUCACAGUUCAGGUGUUGGGGAGUUGCUUUGAAAGUGAAAACUAGGCUCUUCUAGCAGCAUUAAGCUUAGAUGAGAAAUUGUUUUUAAAAAAAAAUUGUUCUAAGCAAACCACAGGCAGCAUGUUUCAGGUGGCUGUGCUAGGGGUCCUGUUUAGUCUUUUAACAGCUGUAGCUGGGAGAGAAAGGCAUACGUGUCUAAAUAAUUCUCUUAUUUUCCAUGGAAGAGGAAGUUUCCUGCUUCACCCUGCACAGUGGUUUCCUCCUGCACCAAAUCACCACUGACUGCUCUGACUUGGUGAAGACCUCAAAGCCAAAGAGCUCCUCUCCUGAGAUUACUCUGCAGUUCUCUGCAGGGCAACAGUGAGUGACACAUCAGGGAAACAAAGUGCAGGUACCUGGAUUUUUUUUUUUCAGGUCUGAGGGGAAAGGAAGCAGUUUUUUCAACAAGUGCAUUUUAAUGUUUACUGUUCUGGGCUUGCACAUUUGAAGGUUUUCUAAUUCCUUCUUUCUGUGCCCUUAGACAACCAGAUAAAUCAUAUCAGCUCAGAGAUAGAGUGGCCAGUCUUCCUUUCAGUUAUUUUUUUUUUUCCACAGUUUAAGGAACCAAAAGUGCCAUUUCAGCAGCAGAAGGGCAAAAAGAGAAUUUUUCUGCUUUUUACAGAAAACAGCAUAGAACCAAAUUGUUUUGCUACAGUGGUACCAUUGCAGGUAAAUUUGUAUCUUAUUCAAAAUAAGAUUAUAAGUGGGUCCUAGUAUGAGUAUUACUUAACUAGUGUCAUGUUAAAAUCAGUUGCACUCCAGCAAAGCAGUAUGAAUUCCUGGCAGAAGGUAGUGAGAAUGCAGCCAGAACAUGGGAGUUUGAUUGGUUGCUGGGUUUGUUUUUUUUUUAGCAUGUUAAGGUGUAGACUACAUACUCAGUGACACUCAGCUGCAGGUGAGUCUUACUACUUUGGGGCCCAUUUGUGGCACCUGCUGUUGGGCUCUGCAUUCAUUCCCUUGCACCACUGGGGCAGACUCCAAACCAGAGAGGACUGAACACUACAGGGGAGUUUCUCUUGGAUGUUUUUUGCCACAUGCUGGUGGGAUUUUAAGCUUUGUUUUGGAAUUCUGUUUUUCUACAUUGAGUAAUUUUCCUUUCUGAACUUACUUUCCUUCAAUUAAAAAAUGCCCAUGAAGACUGAGCAAACCAGGGUUUUGUUGCAGGGGGCAGCACUCACUAAUACUGUGACACAGGCUUGGUCUAAUUUUGAGACGUUUAAGACACUAAACUACAAAUGAGAUGACAAACACAUGCUUAUCUCGCAGAGUGUAAAUUACUUUAAUUGCUACUAACCAACCACAGGGCAAAUAAUGACUUGGAUGAUGAUCAUUUGGUGGGUGCUCUGAGGCACUCAGUGGGGCAAGGACUCAGUGAGCUCUCUGCUCAGUAGAUGGAUCUUGGGUAAAGGGGAGUUAGAGAAGGUAGAAGACCAGGAGGAACAGGAACUAGUGCUGUAGAAAUGAGAGGGAAGUAUUGUCAGUAAAAGAUUGUGGACACUAUCCCCCCUUAUUUAAAUGCUUGAAGGCAACUUGUCUUUUAGGAAAUUUUGGAAUUCAACCAUUUGCUACAGUGGAAAACAAUUUCCCUUCCAGCUUUCCCAAGAUGCCAGAGAUGCAUUCUGAGCUGAAUUCCAGGUAUGCAGAUGUGUGUACACCAGUCUCUUGUUGCCAGGGGUCUCAUACUGCUGAUGUGUAGCACGUCUGGUGAGAGAACAGGGUUGCCGCUCUUAGAUGUUGUGUGUCCCUUGCCUUUAACCAACACUGGAAGUGGGUACACACUUGCAAAGGACAGUGUAGCAAACACAGCUGUGCCCAUGGCACCCUGCUACCUAAUUUGGUGCAGCACAAUAGUGCUUGUACUUCUAAAAGAAAAACUAAAUGUUUUGUCACAAGUUGUAAUUGGAAAUCUUAGGCCUCCUAGUGGACUGCAGUGGACCAGAAAUUAGCUGGAGCAGCAGUUUGGUUUAUGGCUUACACUAAUUGUUACCAGUCACUGGGAAUAUUCUGUACAAUACUGGAGAUGCAAGUGUAAGAAGUGUCAUUGCAAUGAUGAUUUGUCUGUGCAGCAAACUUGUGCUGAGUGCUGUAAAUAUUCAUGUUUACUGCUUUAAAAAGAAAAUUGCACAUUUUAUCUUUCAAUGGGAUUGCCUCCCCUCUUCUUCCCUUUCCAAAAAGAAAAAAAAAAAAUAAAAUCAAAGCUCUUUUAGACUGAUAGCUUCAGGUUGGGGGGAGCUUUGCCAUAUUAUAAAUAUAUAUAAAUAUAUGUAUAAAUAUACUUUUUUAAGCAUGAGAGAGGACAAAAGAAAUACUACAUUAUAGAAUACCCAAUAUAGAUCAUUAUACAAUGGAAUAUGCACAAUUCAAUAAAGAUGUAGUUAAAUUUAA